UUCUGCCCACUCCCACUUCUGCCCUCUCCCCCUUCCACUGUCUCUCCUGUGGCCGUCAAGCCCGGCCCGGCCCAGCACCAUGUGCAGCCGGUUCGUCGGGACCUGGAGGCUCUCCUCCAGCGAGAACUUUGAGGACUACAUGAAAGCGCUAGGAGUGGGCUUGGCCACCCGGAAACUGGGCAAUCUGGCCAAGCCCAGUGUGACCAUCAGCAUGAAGGGGGACACGGUAACUCUGAGAACAGACAGCACCUUGAAGAGCACAGAGAUUUCUUUCAAGCUGGGCCAGGAGUUUGACGAAACCACCGCAGAUAACAGAAAGACGAGGAGUGUGGUGACCUUAGACAAGGGAGCCCUGAACCACGUCCAGAAGUGGGACGGCAAGCAGACGACAAUAAAGAGAAAACUGGUGGACGGGAAGAUGGUGGUGGAGUGCACCAUGAAAGGGGUGGUCUGCACCCGGGUCUACGAGAAGGCCUGAGGCCGCCGCAGCCUCUUUCGUCGAAGCGACCGCGCUCCCCAGAACCAGUCCGGUUUAAGAAGAAAAACUGGACUCUGGGCUCUGGUCUCGUUUCUUUCUGUGUAUCAGGAAAAGGACUAAACUGUGAAACCCGACUGAAAGCUGGACUGUAGCUCCUUCAGCUGCUGGGGUUAUAAAACAAAAGCUUGAAGUGA